CGCGGUUCGGCAGUUAUUUCAGUUAUUUUUGUUGACGUAAAACAAGAAGUUUAUUGUUUAUCAAAAUAUUUAUUACCGAAUUUUCAAUAAAAUGUCGGUCAUAGACAGGGUGAGAAUUCUAGUAUUAGGCGAUUCCGGAGUUGGCAAAACAUCUUUCGUUCAUUUGGCAGCUCAUAAUGAACCCCUUCGAUCACCUAGUUGGACUGUAGGCUGUUCAGUAGAUGUGAAGUUACAUGAAUAUAAAGAGGGCAUGAAGGACCAAAAGACGUUUUUUGUUGAAUUUUGGGACAUAGGUGGUAGCCAUUCACACAGAAACGCACGGCCUGUAUUUUACAAUCCUUUUCAUGGUGCCAUACUAGUGCAUGAUUUAACAAACCGAAAAUCUGAAAAGAAUUUACACAAAUGGGUUAGAGAAAUUAGUGUAAAUAGGAGAGAAAGAAAAGAUUCUAAUAGUGCAACAAAUCCUGUUUUGCCAGGGUUAUUAGGCGACGAUUUCGACCAAGAGAGUUUUAUAGGAAAUAUGUCAAUACCUUAUAUUGUAAUAGGAACCAAAUUGGAUCAGCUUGAUGAUCGCAAAACUCGUAUCGAACACAUGGCCAGCCAUUUAGGAUGUGAUGAAAUUUUAAUGGACUGUAGACAGACCAGAUAUUUAGCAGCAGGUACUUCUAAUGCUGUCAAACUAUCAAGAUUUUAUGAUAAGGCCAUCGAAAUGAGAUCUAAGAGCCAUAAAGAUUCAUUCACAGAAAGAUUUGGAGAUCCUAUUUCACCAAUUUUAUCUACAAAAUUUUAUUCCCCCCAUCAAGACUAGAUUAUAGUGAAAUAUUUAAAAUACGGUAGUAGUUUACUACAGAAAUUAAAAAUACAUAGGUAUAUGUUUUUGGAAAACAUGCCCAGUUAAUAAAAAAAAAGAAUACUCUAAUUAUAAGAUGCUAGUAACAGCUUCAUAUUUAUAUUGUUUUGUAUAAUAGGUAUAUGUAAUAGUAUAUAUAAAUAAAGUACAUUUGUUUAUUUAUUUAAACUAAAUAUUGUUAUUUUGUAAAUAAGGUGUCAGAAAGUUAUAAUCGUAAUCUUCAUGGAGUGUCUGUUGUUAAAUAUACCUUUUCCAUUCCUUGAUCACGGAUAAGUUCACCUUGAUGUUAAUAAUAUGCGGUACCUGGUAAGGGUUUUAGUUUUCUAUGCAACUUAUCCCAUUUUCUUUUUAAUUGAGUUCUUAACUUCUUUAAAAUGCUGUUCCAUAAUUGAGAAAUCUUUUUGUUUUACUUGUUUAAUUGUCUUAUUUUUUUAUUCCCAAAUCCCCUUUCACUCAUUAGAUUUUGACACAAUUUCUUUAUUCUUAUUUUUAAUUCUUUUCAGUAACUUUGAUUGCUGCAUUUUUAAAUUUGUUCCAUGAGCUUUCAAUACGAAUAUGUGUGGAAUCUGUAAUGGUAGAUUAGGAUUAAACAAUAUGAAAUAUUAUUUAAUACUUAUUUGGGUCAAGGUUGUGUAUUAUACAAAUAUGUACUUAUUGUUUAUAUUUCUAAAUGUAAAUCACCACAAUGAUUGAGUCCACACUCUGCUGAGUAAGCAAUAUGGUGAUAUCAAUAAUCCACUUUAAAUUCUAUUACAAAUAAAAUAAACAUAGAUUUCGUUAAGUACAAA